AUGGGAGACAUAGAUCCAGCUUUUGUUCAAGAACAAGAACACAGACCAAAACUAUCCAUCAUCGAAGCCGAAGGAAUUCCCGAAAUUGACCUCUCUCCAUUAUUCCACCACGAAGCUCCAAAUCCAUCUGCUAUUGAAGGCUUAGUGAAGGAAAUUGGAAGUGCAUGCAAGGAGUGGGGAUUCUUUCAAGUCACAAACCAUGGAGUCCCUUUGAGUCUUAGGAAGAAACUCGAGGAAGCUUCUAGAUUGUUCUUUGCUCAGAGUUUGGAGGAGAAGAAGAAGGUUGCAAGAGACGCAAUCAAUCCUACUGGUUAUUAUGACACAGAACACACCAAAAAUGUUAGAGACUGGAAAGAAGUGUUUGAUUUUAUCUCCCAAGACCCUACCUUGGUUCCUGUUACUUCUGAGGAACACGAUGAUCGAGUUACUCAAUGGACCAAUCCAUCCCCUCAAUAUCCUCCACAAUUCAGCGCAAUAAUUGAAGAGUAUAUUCAAGAGGUGGAAAAGUUGGCCUACAAGUUGCUUGAGCUAAUAGCUCUUAGCUUAGGAGUUGAAGCAAAGAGGUUUGAAGAAUUCUUCAAGGAUCAAACAAGCUUUAUUAGAUUCAACCACUAUCCUCCAUGCCCUUCCCCUCACCUUGCUCUUGGCGUUGGGCGACACAAAGAUGCCGGUGCGUUAACUAUUCUUGCUCAAGAUGAGGUUGGAGGACUUGAAGUGAAGCGAAAAUCGGAUCAAGAAUGGGUUCUUGUGAAACCUACUCCCGAUGCUUACAUUAUCAACGUUGGUGAUAUCAUUCAGGUGUGGAGCAAUGAUGCAUAUGAGAGUGUGGAACAUAGAGUAAUGGUUAACUCUGAGAGAGAAAGGUUUUCAAUUCCCUUCUUUUUCUUCCCUGCGCAUUACACUGAAGUGAAACCUUUGGAGGAGUUAACAAAUGAGGAAAACCUUCCAAAGUAUAGGCCUUACAACUGGGGCAAGUUUCUUGUGACCAGAAAGGGUAGCAAUUUUGCGAAGAAAAAAGUGGAGAACAUUCAGAUUUAUCAUUAUAAGAUAGCUUAA